UAAGCCUUACAGAAAAUAGCAGCUCAUUUAACAGAUGUAGAAACUGAGGCCCCCAAAGGUCAGAGAGCUUGAUCAAGGUCACUGGGUUGUCAGGGGUAACCGCAGAGAGGUCAGGGCUCCUCAAUGGGAUGCGUCUCCCGGGCCGGCUCUCAGAGUGCGGUGCUGCUACUCAGGAGGGCAAACGACAAGCCCAGGAGGAGCUGAGCAGGCCGCUUUCCUACACGGGAAAGGCCCCUGGCCAGGACCAGCUUCCCUGGGGCAGCUCUGCGGGGCGGGGAGCCAGGGGCGCCUGCAGCACCAGCAGGAGGCAGAGGGGGCCCGAGGGAAGGCGCAGGUCCGUGCGGCGGGAACGUGCGUGCGGGAGCCGCCGAGAACCGGACUGCAGCGGAGAGGGCAGGGCAGAACUCCGGUUUCCGCCCCGUCUUCCCUGGCGCUUCCGUCCUGCAGCCCGAGGUGGAGCGGCCCGGGGACGCACCCGCGAGCGGCGCCCCCGCCGCCCCGCACCCCCAGGUCUCCAACGAAGCCUCCUCCCAGGAGAGAAAAGCCUGCCAGACCCAGUGCUCCAGGAAGAUCAUCAGGUUGGAGUCAGAGGAGGAGAAGGAGUUGCCCUUGGCUCCCAGCACCUCCAGGGCCGUCUCAGCCCCCACCUGGACAGGCCUGCCCAGCCUGCGAGCCCCGCUGUGGGAAGAGAGGUCUUGCAGCCCCAUAGCACCCAGACCGGCGUCGCGGCAGAGGCAGAUGAGCCCAUCGUGGUGAUCAGCAGUUCAGAAGACUCUGAUGCUGAGAACCUGCUCGCCAAAGUCUACGUCCCAGGAAGGUCUGCGAUUGCUCUCCAUCGAACACUAUCCCUUCGGCCCAGACUGGUGCAGCACUCACGCAGACAGAAGCCUUGUGGAUGCCGGAAGGAAGGUGCUCCAGGACUGGCCACGGAUUUGCUUUGCCUAAACACCCAGCAGGCAGGGCUUACCAGGAGAGGGACUGCCCCUCAGAAGUCUGUCCUCUCUCCAGCCAGGUGUGUGGGUCCAGGGCCUGGGCUGGUGUGAUCUCUCCACCCCCAGACUUUGCUCUGAUUCCCCUCAUUUGCCCGGUAUCGUUUCCUCUCCUUCACUCACUCGUUUUCUGUAUUCUCCCGCCUGAGCUGCCCCUCAGUCAGUUUUUUAUUGCAGAAGCCUCUUGCCCUAACCCCUCAUAACAAGGGGCAGUGCCGAUGUCCGCAGUGGGGUGGGAUUUCGGAUAAGGAUAAGCAGGGAGCCUGGGGGCCGGAAGUGGGAAGGACCGUGCUCCAGGACUGAGCUCCCUGGGGACUCGGCUGUCCGCGAUCAGCACCCAGCUUUGUCCCUCGCCUCCUCCGCAGGUCAUGAAGUUGGUGUCCAACCUGAGCAACCACCCGUGGCGGCUCUGAGGGCUCAGGGGUUGCCCGUGGUGAUCAGCUCCAGCGCCCCGGCCGUCCAGGGUGCGCAGGGCGUGUCCUGUUUUCUAGAAGGCCUUCGCGGGCCUCGGCGGGAGGAAGGCCAGCCUGAGACCCUGCCCCUGUCGAUCACGAAUCCAUGGGGGAGCCCCGUGUGCGGCCGGGUGCCCCUCUCUCCGCCCUUCAAUUCUUCCUCCCGGGGCUGAGUGUGGGGCCCAGGUUCUCGCGCCUGUGAAGUGGGUUGUGCCUCUGAGCCACCUGCUCCUCCCAGGGCUCGCGUGGCCGUGCAGUGGCCAGCCGAGGCCCCACCGUGCACUGGCCCGCGAGGUCCCCGCCCUCCGCUGGCGCAGGGCUGAGCCCACGGCGCUCCUCCGGCCCGGUCUUUUUUUUUCCGUCUUCUUUGAUUUUCCCACACACAUUUCCUGAGCGGUCUUUCCUACCCCUUUCUUUUUUUUCCUUCUGUGCUGCGGAUCAAAUCCUGGGGUUUGGGCAUGGGAGGCAAGCGCUCCAGCACCCACAGUGACUGUCCCCACGCCUAGUCCUUUGUUUUUGUUUUAUUUUUUGAAACAAGGUAUGACUAUAGUUCAGGCUGGGGUUGAACUCACUGUGUAGCCC